AGACUCAGUUAGUUUGAGCGUUUUCUAAACGAUGGAAAAGACGACACCUUAAAGUGUUUUAAAAGAAAGCAAAGGUCAACUCAUUGUAGCAAGUGUCCACAUGCUUCAGCAUCAUUUCCCUGGAUUCCCUGAAGAGGAAUUUGACACAUCAUUGUGAUAAAAGGGAUGAAUGAGGGUCGUUCUGCUCUCUUCAGGAGGUGCCACCUUGCCUUGUCCAAGGCAGACACCCUCACCUCUGCUCCGGCCAAAGCCGAGCUCUCUGUGGACGCGGGCGAUGGUGGGUCCGCUCAGCUGGAGAGCGAGGCGGCGUUCCCCCUCUCUGAGCUCUCGCACUUGUUUGAGAGUGAGGAUGCCGCCCCGUCGACCCAGGACACGAGUCAGGACUCUGCCCUGGAGGUGGUUCAGCCCGGCCAGGUGGCCGACGGUCGACAGAACCUGCGGAUGAAGUUCCAGGGUGCUUUCAAGAAGGGCAUUUCCAAUCCCAUGGACCUACUGGAGUCCACCAUAUACGAGUCAAACGUGGUUCCAGGCCCCAAGAAAGCACCCAUGGACUCACUCUUUGACUAUGGCACCUAUGGUCACAUGAGCAACCAAAAGAGACGCAGGAAGAAGCUUCCCAGAGGUAAAACGGCGACAUCCGGUGAAGACGAUCAAAGCUCAGAUCCGCCGAAGGUCGUGAAGACAUUCAACCGCUCUGUCCUCUUUGACUGUGUCUCGCGUGGAGACCCGGCGGCGCUCGACGGCCUGCUGGAGUACCUGCAGAGUCACGACAAGAGGCUGACUGACGAGGAGUUCAGAGAACCAUCCACGGGUAAGACGUGUCUGCCUAAAGCCCUGAUGAACCUUUACGGUGGUCGGAACGACACCAUCCCGCUGAUGGUGCACAUCGCGGAGAAGACUGGAAACCUCCGAGAGUUCAUGAAUUCACCAUUCAGGGAUCUCUACUACAGAGGCCAGACGGCGCUCCACAUCGCUAUAGAGCGACGCUGCAAACAGUACGUGGAGCUGCUGGUGGAGAAGGGAGCUGAUGUUCAUGCCCAGGCACGAGGACGCUUCUUCCAGCCUAAAGAUGAAGGAGGCUACUUCUACUUUGGUGAGCUGCCUCUGUCGCUGGCUGCAUGCACGAACCAGCCCGACAUAGUGCACUACCUGACCGAGAAUCCGCACAAGAAAGCUGACCUGCGGCGCCAGGACUCACGUGGAAACACAGUGCUGCACGCUCUGGUGCACAUCGCCGACAACACCAAGGACAACACGCGCUUCCUCACCAAGAUGUACGACGUGCUGCUCAUCAAGAGCGCAAAGCUCUACCCAGAAUGCAGCCUGGAGACGGUGCUCAACAGUGACGGCAUGUCACCGCUCAUGAUGGCGGCCAAACUGGGCAAAAUAGGGGUUUUUCAGCACAUCAUCCGGCGGGAGAUCAAAGAUGAGGAGGUCCGUCACCUGUCACGGAAGUUUAAGGACUGGGCUUAUGGUCCAGUUUACUCAUCUCUCUAUGAUCUGUCUUCACUGGACACAUGUGGAGAGGAACCAUCAGUGCUGGAAAUCCUUGUCUACAACAGUCGAAAUGAGAACCGCCACGAGAUGCUGGCAGUGGAGCCCAUCAAUGAGCUGCUGCGAGCCAAGUGGCAGAAGUUUGCCGCUGUCACCUUUUACAUCAGCGUUGUUUCCUACCUCAUCACCAUGAUCAUCUUCACACUCGUGGCUUAUUACCACCCGACACACGGCACGCCUCCGUACCCCUACAUCUCCUCCUCUGAUUACCUGCGGAUGGCGGGCGAGAUCGUCACCUUGGCGUCAGGAAUCUUCUUUUUCCUCACCAACAUUAAAGACGUUUUCCUGAAGAAGUGUCCUGGGGUGAAGUCUUUAUUUAUUGAUGGAUCCUUUCAGCUGCUGUAUUUCAUCUACUCUGUACUGAUCGUAGUCACAGCUGCUCUCUACCUGUCUGGCAUUAAAGCCUACGUGUCAGUGAUGGUGUUUGCACUUGUGCUGGGCUGGAUGAACACACUUUACUUCACCAGAGGCCUAAAGCUCACUGGCACCUACAGUAUAAUGAUACAGAAGAUUCUUUUCAAAGACCUUUUCAGAUUCCUGCUGGUGUAUGUGCUCUUCAUGAUUGGAUAUGCAUCAGCUCUGGUGUCCCUGCUGAUGGAGUGUCCUCCACCAGGAACCGAGUGUGACGGGGACUGUCCUACCUACCCCAAGUGCAGGGAGCCGGACACUUUUAGCACCUUCCUGCUGGACCUUUUCAAACUCACCAUUGGGAUGGGAGAGCUGGAUAUGAUCCAUGGCGCACAGUAUCCUGCAGUCUUCCUCAUCCUGUUGGUGACUUAUAUUAUCCUGACAUUUGUGCUGCUGCUCAACAUGUUGAUCGCUCUGAUGGGGGAGACGGUGGGACAGGUGUCGAAGGAAAGCAAGAAGAUCUGGAAGCUUCAGUGGGCAACCACCAUCUUGGACAUCGAGCGCUCGUUCCCAGUUUGCCUCCGCAAAUCCUUUCGAGCAGGCGAGAUGGUGACUGUGGGGAAGAACUGGGAUGACACGCCCGACCGACGCUGGUGCUUCAGAGUGGAUGAGGUUAACUGGUGUCACUGGAAUCAAAACCUGGCAAUAAUCAACGAGGAUCCAGGCAAGAGUGAGACCAAUGUGCUGCAGCAGGGUGUUGGAGUCUUGAGGAGAGACCGCUGGUCCACAGUUAUCCCACGGGUGGUGGAGCUGAGUAAGGGGCGCGAGGCUUUGAUAGAGAUGGAGCCCCUGACACGCAGGCGCUAAUGCCUGCAGAGGACAAGUGCUGUCCUUCUUGUUAAGAGGCCGCAGAGAGCCGUCAGCGUCAGUGACAUGACUCUGCUGGAGACAAUUUGGCCGAUCAGUGCACUAAUUUGCACAAAUGUCACAUGCCUUUUUCUCACACGGAUGUAUAAUAAAUUUUACAAUCAAGGGGUGUGAAGGCACAGAGGACUAAGAGCGCGCAGAUAUAACGCUGACACGAUCUGUGCUGUGUGGAGAAACACAACACGUUGAUGACAAAGUGGCAUUAAUGACACGAUGAGCUGUCAUGAAAAUGUAGGCUACUGAAUCUCCACAUAUCAUCACCAUCAUCAUCAUCAGAAGCUGAUCACUCAGGGAUUUCAAAGUCAAAAUAUAUUCCAUUCCAUUUCUAGUUUGAAUAUAAUGAAAAGGUCGAAACACAAACACAGAACUGUUACCCUCUUACACACUCGCUUUAUUUCACUAUCAGUUUUUUUGCAGUUGUGACAAAUAUAGCAUAUGUACUGCAUCACUGCAUCAGCAGUGUGAACAACAGUUGUGAAUAAAGGGCCAUUUAUAGGAUUGUUUUGUUUUUUUUCCCAGAGAAAACAUUGCAAUAAAUCUAGAUUUAUAGAACUGAGCUUUAGUUGCUUGUUUAUAUUUAAGAUUGAGGUCAGUAUAUAAUGUGUGCGUGAAUAUUAAAGCUGAUUUGAAUGCUUUCAGCUUUCCAGGCUCAGUGUAUAGAAACAGAAUCGUUAAUUUGAAAUAUUUUCCUCUUUUGUUUUCUAUGUUCUAUUAGAUAGUUUAAAAAAAAAAGAGUCUCAGGCUUAGACGGUCGGCUCAGGCAGCGGCGCGUUCAUUCGAACGGAAACAAUGCACUGUGCCAAUUUCUGAUGUGUGCAUUAUUACAUGAAUACAAAGACAUUGUUUUGAACAAGAUGGGCAUGAUGAGCAGGUUGUAGUUGUCAAGCAAAUGUGCAAAUAUGAGACAAUAGCCUUGUGUGCUAUGGCUUGUCUUUGAAUUUCCACCGUUAUUGUUCUUUUGCAGCUGGGGUAUUUGCAUAAUCAUCUCUCUGGCCUUGCCAUUAUGUACAUUUGCUGCAAGGUUUUUGUUGCAAUUGGCUCAUUCCCCUAUAGAGCAUCUCCUUUCUUUGUGUCUCUACUGUAUAUGUGUGCAUGUGUUUGUGCUGUUGCGCUACAUGACAGGGAUUGAUUAACAGCAAACAGACCGUUCAGUUUCCUUUUGAUUAACGCGAUACAGAUGAAGGUCACAGGUCGUUGUUCACCAUGUUUACAUUGCUUUUAUAAGAGAACAUGUCCAUGCAUUUUAUAUGGUUACUUGUAUAUUGCCGCACAGAACAAUAAACACUGAAUUCAUUUCUA